UUUUCUACGCUAUGGCGCGCCCUGAUGUGUCCACACACACCGGCAUACCCCAAAUACGGAAUCUGCAUGUGUUCGUGGAUCAUGACAAGAUCGAGAUAUUGAGCAAUAAGAUCGACUUAUUCACCAUUUAGUCUCGGUAAAAAGGUGGGCAAGUUUACCCUUCAUUCUGGACAGCAGGACCACCAGAACUCAGUACGUUUGUCGACUUCGAUUCGAGAGCACCUGAAACAAUUUUUUUUCAACGAAAUAGGGGGCACUUUCGAUUUCCGUGAGACUAGUGUUGUGAGUCAGAGGAGGAGACCUUGCCUGAACGUGUUAAAUCAUAGAUACCCUGAAAUGCGGUUUAUUUGAACACAAAUAAAAAAAAUGCAUUUCAAACUGCCCCUGUUGCUGUUAGCAACAUUUUUCAUCGAUUCUAUUUGGACUAAAGACUGUGCCAAGCUUAAGUCCAACACCAAACUUUUCUGCUAUUAUGGAGACAUCAAAGAGACUGAAAACUUGUGCAAAUGUACACAUGUAGUUCUUCCUGAAGGUACAGAAACUAAGAUCGUUCAGAAAUUGAGGAAACAGAAUGCCGAUGUUAAAAUAUUGGUCACCGUCAGUGAAUUCAAUGAGAAACUGGUGGAACUUCUCAAAAACACCCAGGUGGACGGUGUGGAGUUGAAUCUUCGAAAGAUUGACACCAAGAACGACCUAAUGGACUUCAUAUCCACAGUCAAAUCCAAAUUGGGAUCAGAACAUUACAUUGCAGUGUCUGUACCUUCGAAAACAGAGAGUUUGGCCAAGAAUUUCGACUUCAAGGAGCUCAGCAAGCAAGCUGAUGUCUUCAUCCUCAACACUGCCUUUUUGGGGGCUUCUCAGAAUGUUACCUUCCAUCCUAGCAGGUUGUCUGGUUUAUGGGACAUGCAAAAUACGGACUCGAUGGUGGAUUUGGUCAGUGGUCUAGGAGCACCCUUAUCCAAAAUAGUGAUCGCCGCCCCUGUGCAAACGUUUGCCUUCACACUGCAGAGCGAAAAAUUCACAGCACCUGGAAGUCCAGCUACUGAAGUCAAAUCUAUCACUAGAAAGGAGUUGUGCGAUCUUAUGCAAGAGAAAGGUGUGGAAUGGACCUUAGAAAGAGAUCAGGAUCAAGCUGGACCUUAUAUUUUCAGAGGAAAACAAUGGAUCGCUUUCGAAGAUGAAACCAGUAUCGACAUCAAAACAAAAUACGCCAGAGUUCGAAGUUUGGCCGGUGUAGCCCUCAAAGACCUCUCUCAAGACUCAGAAACCAAAUGCGGGUCUUCCAUACUCAGCGCUGCAUUCAAGGGCUUAUCCAAGCAAGCCCGAGCUCCCAGAGGAGCAGUGUUGCAAACGUUAGAGAGAGAAAUCCUUUCACCAUCCUCCACUCACAGUUCCACAGUCCAUGACUCACCCUUCAGAAUCUCAAGGAUAAUAGAUACAGAGGGAAAAAUCCACGUUGUCCGACAGGACACAAGAACAGAAUUUGAGUGCUCUAGGCAAGGCUACUUUGUCCAUCCAAGAUCAUGCAACAGGUUCUACAGGUGCGUCAAAUUCGACCAAAGAACUGAAGAAUACAACGUAUUCGAAUUCGACUGUCCUGCUGGUUUGACUUUCGAUGAGAAGACUGAAGUUUGUGUUUGGCCUGGAAGCCUUCCUCACGCUUCUGCUUGCUCUGGAAGCAGUGAAAUCGCUCCAGUCCCACAAAAGAGAUUCUCAUGCCCAACAGAGCCAGGUUAUUACGCUGAUCCAGAAAACUGCAGAUGGUUCUUCGCUUGUCUCGACCAUGGAGAACCCACCAUGCAAGCCUACGAGUUCAGAUGCCCCUUUGGACUUGUCUUUGACGAAGAGAAACUGCUCUGCGAAUGGUCUUGGUUGGUACCCAAAUGCGGAAGUGGUGCAGCAGUGACUUUGAGCUACUAUGGUGGAGUUUCCACCAACAUCAACCAAUACGAUGGUUUGGGUGUGCUACAAAGCGUUAAACUUGGAGGUCUUCAAGGUCCCAUACAAGCAGCUGAGGCUAAGACUUACAGCAAUGUUGGUUUUGUUGGAUUGACAGAUAAGACGUUGAAUGAUGGAAGACUUUUCGCUGAGAACUCUGCUAGGUUCAUUGAUGCCUCAAGACGUCUUGGUCUGUCGUUGAAAGCAACUCAAUCUUUGUAUAAUGCAGGUCUUUUAUCUGAAAAAUUGGCUGCCAUUGGACUUAGUCAAGAUGAUUUCGGUAUUAAGAAUUUGGCAUCUGAAGUGAACGGUGGUUUACAUCAGAACUUUGGUCAACAGGACCAAUACUUAGUACAGAAUCUGAAUGGUUUAUCUUUGACACAAUCCCAACAAGAUGGUUCCAAUUCUGGUUAUGGUUCACAAUCAAGUCUGACUAACUCUUUCGGUGCUAAGAAUGGUCAAUACAUCUUGCAAUCCAAUAUAGCCGGAGCAAAUUCAGCAUCCUACAAUAACCUCUAUCAACAAAGUUCUUCUGGAGGAAUCAAAGCUGGACAAAAUCAAGACUUGAGCACUUUAGAACAAUCACUACAAGAUCAGUUGAGUUUGAAACAACAGAAUGGACAAAUUCAAUUGGGACUGACUCAACUGAAUUUAGACAAUGCUGCUAUAAACCGAGUCAAUACUGAAGGAGGACAAUAUAAUCAAGAAUACAGCAACUUGGGAGGCAAUGCUUACUCGCACAGUUACGUAAAUUUCGGCCAGUCAGGUUCACAACAGCAAAGUGUGAAUCUUGUAGGAAACUCACAUGUACAAGGUCUUGGUCAACUCAGUUUGGGUAGUGAAGGUUUAUCAAGAACUGGAGGAGAACAACUCGUACAACAAGUCAACUUGGGAGCUGAUGGAUACUCACAGAGUCAAGUUAAUUUGGAUCAAAGUUCACAAGAUCAGUUGGCUAGUUCUCUAAAAAAUAUCCAGCUGGGACAAACUGGUUAUUCUCAAAUAGGCUCAGGACAACUCAUUGGAGGACAAGUACAAUAUCAGCAAGGAUACAAUAAGAACUCAGGAGCCUUUAGUCAUAGCUAUAUGAAUUUGGCUCAAAAUCAAGGAGAACUGAUUUCAGGUAACUCUGCUGCAAGUCAACUCAACAUAGACCAUAGUGGAAUAUACAGUGGAUCUUCAGAAGAGGGCAGAAUAAAUAUCGAAGGAGGUUCACUGAAAUCAAGCGAUAAUUUGAAAACAACUGGAUACAGCAACAGUUAUUUCAAUUUGGGACAAUCAUCAGGAGAGCAAAUCAAAAUUAAUCAGCAAGGACAGUUGAAUGUAAAUCAACAAAAUCUAGAGUUGGACAAAAUACAGUCUGAUGCACGUCUGGAAGCACAAAAAGUUCCAGUGGAUAAUAUUGAACAGUUAAAUAUUGGAUUUAACGGUUACAGGCAAAAUGGUAGCAUCCUCCUUCAAAAUGUUGAAAUAAACGGUGCAGCUGGAACCUACACCGAUGAUAUAGCACAAUCGAAUUUGAAUUUGGGGUUGGAUUCUAGUGAUUUUACACAUGUAACACCAGCUUCUGUUUCUCACACUACCGCUAGUAGCUUUGAAUCUAUUGUUUCUGCUACUCCUUUGGGAACAAUCGACAAUCACAACGGAAAACAAUCGGUGGACACCUCAGCUAUCGAAUACUCUAUUAAUAAUUUAGAAGAAACGAAGAAUAAAGAUGCACAGAGCUACAACAACAACCAAGCAACAAGUUAUCAGUUCAUACAAAAAGAACAACCAUCUUUUGUAUCUUCAACUCCGUCUGUUAUUCUCCAACAAGAUGUACAAAGACUGUCCAACAAAGAUUAUUCAUCUAUUGAAUACAAGUCCCAACCUGAAAUAUCCUUCAACGUACCUCAGGUACAGUAUGUGACAUCCACUUCACGUCCAGUAACACAAGAGGUGUAUAUUAAAACAGCUACUGGUCCUUCAGUUCAAUAUGAAGGAAAUUCCAAAAUAACAUACAGUCAGCAAACUCCAAAUGUAGCAUUCUCAACAGCUGGUGAGAAAGGAAUACUAUCUGGCCAAAGUUAUUCUGAAAAUGGCGGAUAUAGCUAUGACAGACCAUCAGUUACGUUUGAAGAAACCCCAGUUGUAAGUUCGACUCCUUCCUAUGUUGCUGAAGUAGAAGCAGCUACACCUUCCUCCGCCACAAGUUAUUCUUAUACGAAUAGAGCUGAACGUGUUAGAUAUCAAAAGGUGUCUAAACCACAAGUUAUUGUACAGCAACCUCAAGUAGUUAUAGCUUCAACUCCCUCAGCUGGUACUUCCUCUAGCUACUUUAGGCAAGACACAAGUAAGAUAACAUACCAAACACCACAGUUGGUUCAACAACAACCACAAGUUGUCUCUUCUUACAACUACAUCAAACCUGUAACUUAUGAUCAACCCAAACUCACCCUUGUUCAACAGCCACAAGUUGUUGCUCAAAAGCCGUCAGUCGUUGCUACAAGUUAUAAUUAUGUAAACCAAAACCAACCACAGAUUCAACAAACAAAAUCAGAGGGAGUAUCUGCUAGCUUCAGUUAUGUACAACCAGAAGUGAAAAGCCAAGUUUUUGUUCAGCAACCACAAAUUGAGCUGAAUAAGCAGGAAGCAGUUGUCACGAGUUAUAAUUAUGUCAAGCCAACAAGCCAAUCGCAAAUCGUUUUUGAACAACCCCAGAUAAGCAUCAAACAACCAACUAUUGUAGAGAGUUACAGUGUAAGACCUACCAUCAAAACUGAAAUUGUUCAGGAGGUUAAACCUUCCAUCUCACAGAGCUAUUCUUAUAGCCAACAGAAUUCAUUGAAUGGUUAUAAAUAUGAAGCUCCUCAAGUUUCUAUCCAAGAACAACCUCAAGUGACUUUCGAAAAGCCAACCAUAUCCAGCAGUUUCAAUGUCGAAUCAGGUUAUAAAUAUGACAGACCAUCUGUAGUUUUUGAAGAAAGACAAAAACCAGUUCAGCCUCAAAUUACUAUCCAAGAACAACCUCAAGUGACUUUCCAGAAGCCAACAAUUUCAAGCAGUUUCAAUGUCGAAUCAGGUUAUAAAUAUGAUAGACCAUCUAUAGUUUUCGAAGAAAGACCGAAGACAGUUCAGCCUAUUGUUCAACAAAACAUUGUUCAAUCUGUGGUACAAAAAGAAAUUCAGCAACCUAUAACUCAGCAACAACAAGUGACUAGUUAUCAGUACUUCCAACCAGUUGUUCAACAACCAAGAGGUUUCACAAAAACAUCUUUCCAACAAGAAGCUGUGAAGACAUACUCAUACUCUAAUCCUGUGAGGAAUCAAUACGUCGUGAAGCCAGCUUCUAUAGUUUCAACUAAUUAUAGAGCUCCUGUUUACAAGAGCCAACAAGUAGAGUUCCAAGGUUAUGGAUACCCCAAGCCACAAGUUCAAUUCGUAGAAGAACCCCAAGCUGUUGUUACAAAUUAUGAAAAUAAAGUACCAGUCGUCGAAGCACCAAUAGUGCCUAAAAAGGCUUACGUCUUAGGAAAUAGUUUCCAGUACCAGAAGACAGUACCUAAAGUACAAUUUGCUAAAGAAGAACGUGUUUAUGCAACACCAAAACCAACUUUCAUUUCUACCAUUAACUCCAUUGUGACCAAGAAAGUCAAUCCUCAGCCUCAAAGAGAAUUUAUUUACUACGACAGCCGUUUGGAUAAUACUAGACAAAACCAGUACUUCCAAACUUCAAUUCCUGUUCAGAACGAAAUCAGAGGAUACAGUUAUCCUGAACCAAGCAUCAAAUUUGAAGAAUCUCCAAAAAGUUCACACCAACAAAGCUAUCAGUACUACCAGUCUAGUCAAGUCGAACAAAGACCUGUUCAAAUUCAACAACAAAUCUUCACUACCCCAAGACCAACAUACCAAUCAACUAUCAAAUCUGUUAUUAGUCAGAAACUGGAACCUCUGGAAGAACAAUUCAUAACUACACCUGCACAAAUCCAAUAUCUGGAAUCUACAACUCUGAAACCGUUUGCUUCUGUAACAACCUCUUACCUACCUGCGCGACAGAGGAUUCCUAAUGUAGAAAUUAACGGUAAUGUAGGUCAAAAGUCUCGUGGUUACAGUUAUCAGUAUAACCAACAAGCCAAUACCCAGAAGCAGGUUGUUGUUGAAAAUCAGGAAUAUAAUCGACCCGUGUAUUACUCAACUGAAAGACCAGUAGAAGUUCAAAAAGUCACACCUGUCACGCAAAAAUAUUUCUAUUACGAUAGUCGACUGACUGGUACACAAGCUCCUGAAGUACAAUACUUAGAAACAUCAACUAGAGCACCAAUCAUCCAGAAGACUCAAAGUGUUGAGUUCCAAGGUUACGAUUAUCCAAAACCCCAAGUUUCAUUCGAGGAAGACCAAACAAGUUAUGGAAAUAAGAUUCCCGUUGUAGAAGCUCCCAUUGUACCAAAGAAAGCUUAUGUGACAACAGGUGAAAGCUAUAUCUACAACGAAAAAGUGAAUACACAAUCUAGACCAGUAGUCCUGGAGAAUUUCGUAGCUGAGAACUAUCAACAACAAAACUCGAACUCACAGUUGGGUCAAAUUGAAUACACCACCACUAGGCCAACUUACAUAUCAACAGUGACCUCAGUAGUUGCUGAAAAACAACCUGUCAAUCAAGAAUUCUCUUACUACGAUAACAGAUAUUCUGGUAACUCUAGAACAAGACUGGUAUCUCAAAACGUUAAAUCCUCCUCAUCUCGAGGAUACAGUUAUCCCAAACCUAAAUUGCAAUUGUUGGAAGAACCACAACAAUUAUUGACAACAGUUGAAGUCAACAAGGGAGCCCAGCCAACCAUUUUGGAAAAUUACGUAUCACCUGACUACCAGAAAUACGAUGUGUCAAUAGAAUCAAGUACACCAGUUACUCUUCUAAACCAAAAUGUCAGACAAGAAGUACUACGAUACGAGAGUAGACCACAACCUGAAAUUGCUGAAGUUACUCAAGCUCCAAUUGAAUUGAAUCUUAAAAUAUCCUCGUCAACUCCAGCUAUUGUGCAAAAGUUAGAGCAAGUGCAACCAAUUGAGCCGUUCUAUUAUUAUGACAGUAGAUUGUCGUCAACUGAAGUUCCAGAGAUCGAGGUUGCUCAAGAAAAGGAACAAGUGCCUCAAGUAUACCGUCAAGAACUUACCAGUUACGAUAGUAGGUAUAGAACAUCUGGUCGACAAGAUUUGAAAAUCAAAUCUCAACCUAGUGUAACGAUUAUUGAACAAGAACAACCAGUUGGAAAGAUCACAAAUGAAGAGGAAUAUACCCUGGACACAUCCACUGAAAGACAGUAUGUCCAGAUAGAAACGAGUGAGCCAUCAUCAACAUACUUGCCCAUAAGAAAAAGAAUAAGGGUUACCAAACCUUCAAGAAAGUACCUUCCCACAUCUCCCAGUACCACAUAUCUACCAAGUAUUACUCCAGCUAUAGUUUCAAAUGAGUACUUACCAAUAGCCUCCAGUGAAGCUUCUGCUGAAGGUGGAAUAUCAGUUGAAGAUUACCAAAACUUUGAACUAGUUAGGAAGAAGAACCGACCAGUUAAAGUUGUAAAGAUAGUACGACCACGAGUGAAGACAGUAGUAGUGAAAAAGAAUGAUUUUAACCCAUUCUUGUCAGCCAAACUUGGUGCCCAAUGCACCUGUACCUCAAACACUCUUGAGCUACGUAAAGAACCUUUGAGAAUCGAGGUGACAGAUGACGAAGAAGAUGAGAAUGAUGAUGGUAUCUUAGUUGAAAAGAAUGACGGAGAAACUAUUGUUGUGGAAAAUUAUGAAUCCGGCAAAGACAUUGUUACACCAGAACCAGAAGUAUACAUAAAAUCUAGUACUGUAGAAAUUCCAAGCAGUACCUACAGAUUAAAGAAGGUGAACAGAGGUAGAAGUCGGGCUCAGAAUGUCGUCAUUGAAAAUAUCUCAAGAAAGAAAUCUAGAGUGAACAUUGAGGCUUCUGAUGUGAACAUAGUGACGUCAAGGGUAAGAGUGAAGACUCCAAGAAUCGAUAUUGUAGCUGAUGAUAACGCAGAAGUUAACAUUGAAACUGGAAGUUCUAGGGCUAAACUUGUAGAAGUUGAAUCUGGUGAAAACAUCGCAAUCACCUCUAAGAACUUCGACAGAUAUGGCCCAGGAGGUUUGAGAAGUGUAUCAGAAACCCUACAGGGUGUUGAUUGUCAAAGGGCUGGUCUUUUCAGACAUCCAACUCAAUGUAACAAAUUCUACUCUUGCAGAUGGGACUGUAAGAAGAAUAAAUUCACCUUACACAUGUUUAACUGUCCUGUUCAUCUCACUUUCGAUAAUAAUUUGGGUGCUUGUAACUGGCCAAGUCAAGGACCUGCUUGUUUGGAAAAUACACUGUUGCCAAGUGAAUAAUUUCGUAACGAUAUUGUCGUUUUCCAAUUCGUGAUUUAAAUCUACAUUUUAGUGUCGCUAUUAUUUGUAAAUAACUGAUGUGUUUUAUUUUUCUAUUCUCGAUUUAUGUAUAUAAUCUCGUUUUAUUCAACAUCUUUGUCAUUUUAUUAUUUAUUUCACGUUGCAUUUAGCAUUCUUCUGAUGGUUUGUUGAGUUUUUUUUUAUUUUUAUAUGAUUUUAUGAUGGCAUAAAAAUCGUUUGUAGAGCAUUUUUAUAGAAUAAACAUUCAAAUAAUA